AUGGAAGUUAUAGAAGAAACACCUGAAUUAAACGCAUCUAUUGAUCAAGUAAAAAACAAUAUUGUCAUCGAAGAAACUGUAGAGUACAUGGGACAGAAUGUUGUUCACAAAUGGAACGGUGUCGUCAAUAUUCGUGAAUCAAGAGCAGCUGAAAAGACAAUGCAGAAAAUAGCGGCCGUCCAAGGUCUUGGCACAUUAGCUAUAAAUGAAAACAUUUCUAGCCAAUCUGAUCAUAAAACGGAAAAAGGGACGGAUCAAACAAAAGAACCGAAUACGGAAAUCACAGUCAAAGACUUGGAUAAAAAGUCUACUGUGAAAUUGAAAUUCAGGUAA